CUUCCUUGUUCGGUCAUUUAAAAAUUAACUUGGGUUGCCUAACGUCUUUGAGCUUAUUGUCGUACGUCUAGCGAAUCGUUUAGAAAGGUUUCACAAAUGCUAAAAGCAUAAGUUCAACCCCAAGGUAGACACAGGAAUCAUGCGCAGUGUACCUAAAAAGAAGUGCGACUCCAAAAUAUACUAAGACACCAAAACAUUUGAUGUGGCCGGUGUAAAAAAAUGUCUGCCCACACCGUAAAGACAUCAAAGAUACAAGGACUUUUAGAUGCCAAUACACCUAAGGAUAAGCCAAGUCGUAAUAUCAUUAUGAUGCAACCUGCUGCAAGCGAUCAGCAAUAACUGAAAGCUAUCGCGAUGACUAGAUUUAAUCGAUCCGCUCACUUUCGUUUACUUUUGGGGUAUUUAAACCGCCUUUGUUGAAAAAUGUUAUUUUUCUCACUAUUCUCCCUCUCUGUCAGUCUCUCUCAAACUCGAUAAGAGACCCUCAGUUGAAUUGUUUUGCAGGUAUCUCAUCAGUCAAAACGGAGAUCUCUUCCAACCCUUUAAAAAUGCGUGGCUUCUGAAGGUGCCUAUCAACUUCCUUUUGGCGGUGUAACAGAUCCGUAUAAAGAAAUCUUAUAUUUCCUAUUAGGGAAUCGUGCACCUCAAAUUGCAAGUUGAAAUAGUCUUGACAGGUGUUUUCACGACUUCCUGCCAUGAAUGCAAUUAACAAAUGUUAAAAAUUCAUUACCUUGGGGCCUUUAACAAGAAAUAUUAAACUGACACGAGACAGCUCAUAUCCUAUCCGCUCAUUAUUGCCUCAAUGAUGAGUGAAAUACAAUGGGAGUUUCUCAAAAUAAAUUUUUGCAGCCAUCAGGAUUUGACCAAAACCAGCUGUAAAAUGCCAGUGGUUAUCUGUGUAGUUCUAUUAUUUCUCGAACAACAAAUUGGGGCUGUGGGAGGCAGAUGUUCAUCAGCUGAAGAUGCGACUAAACCAUUUUCAACCGAACCAACUGUGGAAAUGAACAACUUGGAAUUCCCGAAUGAGCACGUUCUUCCAACUGGCUACAAUAUAACAGUCGUUUGUACAAGCAAUAAACAAGCUGAUAAGAAUGAGAAACAAUACAAACCCUAUUGGAUACAGUAUUCUUUCAACAAUGUCUACCAGAGACACUUGAGUUGUGGUGGUGGCUAUAAAAUUUCACAUUACGAAAGUCCAAAAGUGUGCAACUACCCUAUUCAAAAUGCCACCGAGAAGAACUCAGGGAAUUAUACUUGCAAAGCAUCGAGUCAGUCUGGCUGCACAAUAGAAACGAUGGCGUUGACGUUUAAAAAGCCAUCGUCCCCGCUUUUUAGCCAUCACCAGCCUCGUAAAGUCAACUUUAUAAAAUCUAGUAGAGCCAAACUUAGCUGUAAUGCAUCAGGUGUUCCCCGCCCCUUCAUCACCUGGUUCAAAGACGGUGAUCGCCUUUCAAGUUCUUCCGUAGAAGGGUCUCAAGGUUAUUCAAUAUUGAAUUUUGAAUCUGUCCAACCUUAUGACCAAGGACAGUAUUGGUGCGAGGCAAACAGCACUGAGGGGCGAAGCACAUCACCCACUGUGAACCUAACAGUUGUGUGGAAACCAGAGUUCUCCAUUCAUCCCCAGGACAAGACUAAGUACUUUGACGACGAUGCCACCAACGUGUCCAUUAGUUUCUCGUGUGCAGCAAAUGGCUCCCCUCUUCCUGUGAUCAGCUGGUCAGAAAACAACUCCAAAGUAGAUGAUGAUAAAGCGAUUCAAAAAGAUAACAUCUCCAUCCUCACUUUGGUAUUUAAUGAGGGAACAGAAAAGCACUUUAAAUAUCGUUGCGUCGCUAAAAACUCGUUGGGAAAUAUAUCUUCCCAGGAAGCCACCCUGAUGAUCGCAAAAAGACAUAAAAAACCUUUGAUGACGGCGGAUAACAGAGAACCUAACACAGUUACCAAUGAUAAUAGGUCUGCAAUAAUUUGGUCCACCGUGAUAACUGGGGCUUCAAUUUUCAUCAUCACGGUCAUAGUUCUGCUUAUUAUCAAGUGGAGAUUGGAAAGUAGAUUUACUUACCAACUGGACCAGGAGGUUUAUAAAAGGACUCAAGAGACUUUUGAGAUAAAAAUCACGAACACUAAUGAUACGAUAAAUCAGCUACGAAACAGCCUGUCUGCAUCAACUGAUGAGGGUCAACUCCCACACCCAUCUGCUACUGGAGAAAACGGUGUCGUUGAAAACGAAACUUAUUUACAAUUAAUGGCAGUUGACAGAAACUGGGAGAUCCCCAGGGAUAGACUCACUAUCUCAGAGGAGAAACUUGGCAGAGGAGAGUUUGGAGAGGUUAAGAAAGGAAUUUACCUAAGAACUGAUGGAAAUGAACUUUCAGUAGCGGUGAAAACUCUGAAAGAUAACAAAAACAUGCAGCACCGAAUGGCGCUCAUCAAAGAACUGGAGACACUCAUCCAAGUUGGUCGCCAUCCAAAUAUUGUCAGUUUGGUUGGAGCUUGCACUUUUGAAGAGCCUCUUUGCGUCGUCAUUGAAUUUGUCUCUGGCGGAAGUCUUGAUAAGUUACUUCGCAGCAGUCGCGUCCAAAAUCAACAAGUUGAACCAUCUUAUGUUAACAUAUGGUCGAGGCUGACAGAGAGAGAAUUGUUGAGGGUUGCUUCAGAUGUCGCAAGUGGCAUGAGACACUUGGAAAGUAAACAGUGCAUUCAUCGCGACUUAGCAUGCAGGAAUGUUCUUGUUGGUAAAGGACUGAUAGCGAAGGUGGCUGAUUUUGGAAUGGCACGUGACGUAUCUGCAGAUGGUCAGUACAUCAAGACAACAGAGGGACGAGUUCCGUGGCUAUGGAUGUCAGUGGAAGCAUUAAAGGGAACAUGUACAAUAAAGGGAGACGUGUGGUCAUUUGGAGUAACCCUCUGGGAGAUUGUUACUCUAGGGGAACUACCAUACACGGGUAUCAAGGGCAUUUUAGAGCUUCACGAAUUGCUAAAGGACGGAGAAAGAUUGCCAAAACCAGCGCAUUGUUCAGAUGAGCUUUAUAACAUUAUGUUAGGCUGUUGGCACAGGAACCCUGAGGAACGUCCAUCAUUUGAUCAGCUUUAUGAGGUGCUAGAGGAGCUUUUACAACAAAAAACUAGAACAUACAUCAAUGUUACUUACUUCGAGGAACAAGACAAGGAGGAAGCUAUUUUGAUAUGAAUUUACGAAACAGACCUCUACAUCGAACUCAAGUGAAAGACUUCGCCAUGGAAGAACAAAAUCGAUGAUCGAAGAUUUUUUCACCACUUCAAGAAUAGAAGGGGGACGGGGGAUGUAGAAUACUGGCAUUCAAUGACAGUUUGGGUGUUCGAGUAAACGCGUGUAUGAACACUCUUCCUUGUGUUUUUUUUUUUUUUGUUGUUGUUGUUGUUAUUGUUUAAUUUAAAUAUGGUAAGCUUCCAUUCUAAUUUGGUUAUACCUAUGCAUGUAUAUUGAAACUAUUUUUCCCCUGAAACAUAGCCUUCUUUAGAAGUAUUUUGCUCGGAGGUAUAAUAAGAUGUGAGUCAGACAUUCGGCAACUUUUGUAAUAAUCAACCAGUCUCUACAAUUUAACGUAGCCUAGAGGUAAAUGAUAUCUGGUCUUUACUUUAAAGUACCGUCCCCCGGCGAUUAUAAACUCAUAAUGAUAACGGUAUAUCCUUGUUUUAAUUUUAGCAGCUGAUUUAUCUUAUUAUCAUACAAAAGAACUUAACAAAGUUGAAAUCAAAU